UCAAAAGAUCAAGAUGAUAUCAGGGGUUAAAUACAGUUAGUCUAAGGCAAAAUGAAUUCAAAUGAAAUGAGAUGAUUCAUGACGAAGAAAAAUGUAAUGAAAUCAGUUCAUAUUUUGCAAAAUGACACCUAGAUGACAUUUAAUAGGUGAGAUGAAAUUGUUUGACACAGACAAGGACCAGAAUACAUCAUAAUAGCACAAAGUUAAUACAGAACAUUUUACAAAAUAUAUGCAGGUAUUUAAACGACGCAUAGUAGCACAAAUUACUGCAAUGAAAGUGUGCGAUUGACAGUAGCUACUACAGUGUAUCAAUAGAUUUACACCUAUGUACAUACAAGUACUGAAUCACUGUAUAAUAUUAACACAUAUUGUACAGUAGAUACAAAUAUAUCAUUGAAGUGAAAUGUGCGAUGAGGAUAUGAAUUAUAAACCAAAAGGCACAGAGGAUUCUGUUAUUCAAUAUUUAUACUCUGUUUUCAAUGAGUAAACAUAAAUCAAAGUAUUCAUGCAAGUUUAUUGAUGUGUAUUUGCAUCAUCACUAUCCACAAGAUCUGAUCUCUCAUACCAGCAGUCAUUUUUUCUCAUCAAGCUCUUUUCACUGGAACCAAUAUAGCCCUCAUGUUAUGACUAGCCCACUAGAGGAACUUGAUUUUAUUCAGGGCAUGCUUCAACCCUUUUGUGUUACUGAAUCACUUCCUCUAUAUAAGGGGUUGUCUACAUCUGCUGAAAGCGCUGCUGAAACAACUCCUCUGAAAAUGAAGAUUGUUGGGUCUUGUUGAGGGAAUGAAAGAGUUCAGUGUUGAAUGCCGCUGCUGAAAAUAAGAAACAGUUGAAAAAUUGGAGAGAUCCGACCACAGUCACAGCUGAAAUGGCUUUGGUGAACUGUACUCCUGAGGCAAUAAAUGAAACUAACAUUAUCAUGCACUGCCAAAUCCCCCAAAAUCAUGGAUCUUUGUUCUGGCAAUUUGUCAUGAUCAUUGAGAUGAUUGUGGGCCUGCCAGGAAACACAGUAGCCAUGUGGAUUUUCUGUUUCCGCAUGAAGUUCUGGAAACCCCACGCUCUUUUCCUUUUUAACAUGGUUAUAGCUGACUUCCUGCUUAUCAUCAGCGUGCCCUUCCGCAUCGACACAAGCCUGCGAGGGGAUUACUGGGUGUUUGGACAAUACUGGUGCCGCAUCAACCUCUUCAUGCUGUCGGUCAAUCGCUCUGCCAGUAUUGCAUUCAUGACAGCUGUGACAGUGGAUCGCUACUUUAAAGUGGUCCAUCCACAUCACCGCGUCAGCCGUAUGACUUUAACUCAGGCGGGUUGGCUCGUAGGCCUGUUGUGGACUGUUGUAAUUGCCCUUCGGAUUCCGCUGUUGACCACCAAUCUCCUCUACCAGGAUGGCAACGUCUCCCUGUGUCGAAGCUUCAACUCCUAUAAGAGAACCCCUUCGGCGAUAAAGGUACACUAUGGGGUCUUCAUUGCAGAGUUCUUCCUGCCGUGGUUCUUGUUGCUGUUCUGCUCAGCCCGUAUAGCCUGCUCCCUGCACCAACGGUGGAUAUACAGGCGGAAUAUGGUGUGGAAGGCCACCCGAGCGGUAGUAUUGAUCAGUUUGGUGUUCACUAUCUGCUUCAUGCCAGGUGUCAUCACAGGUCUGAGGGGGAUGUACAUCAAGCAGUUCCACCCAGACGACUGUGCAUCCUACAAUCAGAUCAUCAAGUUCUUUAUGCUGAGCAUUCCCUUCACCUACCUCAACAGCUCUUUGGACCCUGUCAUCUACUGUUUCUCCAGCUCCAUGUUUCAUGAUGCCCUCAAGAACUCCAUCAGCCACCUGGGCUUUGUGAAGAAGAAUGUCAGGCCAGCCAAUAGCACAGCCAGUAACAGCUAAAGGCAAACACAACAUUUUAUAUUACAAUAUACUGUAUAUCUAUGUAUAUAGGCCUGAACAUGUUGCUCUUACAAUAGUUGUAAGGAUACUCUUUGACAUAACGCAUCCCCUCACUAAAACUGUAAUUGUCAAACCCCAACAGUAACCUAAACCUAAUUGCAAUCUUAAACUCAAGUCUUAGCCCUGAAAGAAGCCAUUUAAACUUGUAAGGUUCAGCAUUUUAGUCCCCACAGAGCUGUCGGCCUCUACAAGUGGGCUCCAGGUUUUCAGACGCCUCAUUAUUUAUUUGCAUACUGGAUAAAAUGUAUAAAUACAAGCAAUAAAAUGUGAGUGUGUGUAGUCA